AUGGUAUACGUGCGCCAGGAAUUCCUGCCGAAUCUAAAGGCUUAUAAGUACUCGAGCGUCGACCACUCGUUAACGUCUAAGUACAUCUUGAAGCCGUUUUACACCAAUGUCGUCAUCAAGUGCUUCCCCAUGUCCAUGGCCCCGAACCUCAUCACCUUGACGGGUUUCAUGUUCAUUGUUGCCAACUUCUUUACCCUGCUAUGGUAUAACCCUACUCUCGAUCAGGACUGUCCGUCUUGGGUUUACUACUCGUGGGCUGUUGGUCUGUUCCUAUAUCAGACUUUUGAUGCGGUGGAUGGGACGCAAGCACGACGAACAAAGCAAAGCGGUCCCCUCGGCGAGCUAUUCGACCACGGCGUCGACGCCCUGAAUACCUCCCUCGAAUGCAUUCUCUUCGCCGCCUCGCAGAACAUGGGUCAGAGCUGGUACACGGUCGCCGCGCUUUUUGCCUCUCUCCAGACCUUCUACGUCCAGACUUGGGAGGAAUACCACACCGGAACCCUCACCCUAGGCAUCGUCAGCGGCCCCGUCGAAGGCAUCCUGAUCAUCGUGUUCGUAUACGCACUGACGGGGUACAUGGGCGGCGCCUCCUUUUGGCAACAGUCUAUGCUCGAAACCCUGCAUAUCCCAAAGUCCCUCGGCAUCCCCGAGUACCUGUAUAACCUAUCCUUCACACAGUGGUACAUGGUGCAAGGCACCGUCGUCAUGGUCUUCAACACAAUUGAGAGCGCACGCAACGUCAUCCGCGCCCGUCGUGCCCGCGGCGAUCGCAGUCGCUGGGCUUUGCUUGGCUUACUGCCCUUCGGCAGCAUCUGGGUCCUCGUCGUUGGGUACUUGUACUUGCAGCCCUUAAUCCGCACCCAGCAUCUGAUCCCCUUCGCCCUAUUCGUCGGCUUCGUGAACGCGUAUAGCGUCGGCCAGGUCAUCACCGCACACCUGGUUAAGCUCCCGUUCCCCUACUGGAACGUGCUAGCGUUGCCCCUGGCCUACGGUAUCAUCGACUCUCUCGGCCCCAUCCUCCAGUCGCACUUCGGCUGGGCUUCCGGCUGGCCUAGCGCUCUCGGAGAUGAUGUGUACCAGGUCGCUUUCAUGUUCUCCAUGUUGGGCGUCGCGAUUGGUGUGUACGGGUCUUUUGUGUCGAUGUGA